GGGCUGGGCCACCUGCUGCAGCCUGGCAUGUGCAGUGCACCCAGGGGCUCGGCAGAGAGCACUCAGGGCUCCUGGAGCGCCAGGCGAGUCCACCCCCUUGGCAGAGACAGACAGCGCAGGUGCGGCAGGAGGCAGCCGCUGAUUUACAUCCUAUAGGUGGGGGGAAAACCCAGGAAGUGCAGCCGGGCACUAACCAAAUCUGGGCUAAGAAUAAACGUCCUGAGUAAUGAGUGGCCUGGGCCGGAGAAGGCAAGGUGGCCGCAGCCAGGAGGAGCCGACCCCACAGGGCCCGCGGCGGGGGGUGGCCAUGGAGCCCUGCCCGGAAGAGCAGUACUGGGACUCGCUGCUGAACACCUGCGUCUCCUGCAAACCCAUCUGCAGCAGCCAGAUUCCGCGCACCUGUGCGGCCUUCUGCAAGUCACUCAGUUGCCGCGAAGAGCAAGGCAGGUACUAUGACCUGCUCCUGAGGGACUGCAUCAGCUGUGCCUCCAUCUGCGGACGUCACCCCAAGCAGUGCACACACUACUGUGAGAAGACGCUGAGGAGCCAAGUGAGCCUCCUACCAGAGUUCAGGAGACAGCGGGCCGGAGAGGCCCCGACCCGAGCAGACACCCUGGGGAAGCACCAGGUGCCAGAGCACAGAGGCUUGGAUGCGGGUCCAGCAGUGCCUGCAGGGCUGAAGCUGAGCGCUGACCAGCUGGCCCUGGUCUACAGCACGCUGGGCCUAUGUCUCUGUGCCAUCGUCUGCUGCUUCCUGCUGGCCGUGACCUGCUUCCUCAAGAGGAGGGGGGUCCAGGUCUCCUUCCCGACCCGCCCAGGGCCGUGUCCCACGCAGGCCAAGGCCUCCAAGGAUGAUUGGAUGGAAGCCGGCCGCGUGGUAGGGACGCCUCCCGAGCCAGUGGAGACAUGUAGCUUCUGCUUCCCGGAGUGCAGGGCGCCCACCCAGGAGAGUGCAGGCGCGCCCCCGACACCCGUGUCCGAGCGCACAGGGAGGAGGGCGAGCCAGGAACAGAGUGCAGCCGGACAGCCCUGCGUGCGCGCUGCGAACGGCGGGAUCGAGGUGGUGUACACACCAGCGCAGGAAGGAGGCCUGGCCACGUGAACCUGGGGGAAUGGUCACCGUCACCUCAACGCACCUGCGGUAAAGGCACCGCCCCUGCUGGACUCAGCCCCGGGGCCCCUUGGCGGAAAUAAAACCUCCCACACUGCCCGCUC